AUGGCAGCGAGGAGAUUUGCCGGGAGUUUCUUCCUGGUGAAAGUUCGUGACACGCCACUGUACCUUUCUGCCUCAUAUGGGAGAGCUGAUGCUGCAAGAUAUCUUCUUGAUCAUGGUGUUGAUCCACUAGCUGGCAAAGUACACUCACCUCUCCAUGGCGCUGCAAAGGAAGGACAUUGUGAAAUAGUACAACUACUGCUUUCAAAAGGAAUCAAUGUGGAUUUAGAUUCUGCACAAGGGACACCAUUGCAUGCAGCUGCUAUUUCUAAACACCAUGACAUAAUUAAGAUCUUGUUGGAGCACCAUGUCGAUCCUAACAAGGUUUACGGUCUUGGUUAUACCCCAUUGAGUUGGGCCAUCCGUGCCAUCAGGCCCAUGCCUAGAGAGCCGUUGGAAUGUGUCAAGCUACUUGUUAAGGCUGGUGCUGAUAUGAAUUUUAUUGACUUAGAUGGUGGUAGUUACGUGAUGUUGGCAGUGAAGUUUGACUCACCUGGCAUCAUGAAGUUCUUACUAGAUGCUGGUGCUAACCCCAAUAUUCCCGAUGAAUGUGGUAGGACACCAAUUGAAGUUGCUGCCUCUAAAGGCAGUAGGGACAUGGUUGAAAUGCUAUUCCCUUUAACUUCUCCUAUUUGAACGCUGCCGGACUGGAGUAUUGAUGGAAUCAUUUCUCAUGUGAAACACUUUGGUUUGAAGCCGAGGGUGUGUGUUUCAUUCUGUGCUCACUUGCAGUUCCAUAUGUUAUUUAUCAUCACCCUGUAGUUAUGUUCUUUGGCAGUUCUGUCCAUUAGAGUACAAAUAGUUUUAAUUCACGAUUGUUGUAAAUUCCAUUGUGCAAACAAAAAAUUCCAUGCAAAAU